AUAAAAGGCCCAAGUCAUGUUUCGUAUGCCAGCCUUAAACCUCUUUUUCUAUAACACACUUCUCUCCCAGGCGAUGCAGCGCGUCGUGUGCAUCAAAGAUGGACGCUCUGAUCAGGCCUCUUCCUGGGACCAGUUGGCCCUAAUCGGGGGCCUCAGGACAUCUAGAGAACUGCCUACGGAGCACAACGAGUUCCCGGACUGUAUGGUGUAUCUGAAUUACUUGAUCAAUGCCUUGACGCUCUUGCCAGAUGCUAUGCAGCGUGGAAGACUCGGCUUUCUGGUUGUCCUAGUAAUUAUGUGGAACAUAUUCGUGCUCGAGCGUCUCUUGGCCUUUGAAUUGACGCUGAUCUGGUCAUUGUGGUCUAACGAUAUCAGCUCCCUGACCUAUGCCAUUGUCAUAAGCAGCAUCACAUUCACGAACCUCAUUCACUCGAUGCUCAUCUACGAAUCGAUAAAGAUGCAUCACGGACGCCUGCGUGGCAGGAGAGGGGGGAAGUAACAAGUAUGCAAUAACUGCUCCAGCCCUCGACCAGAGUUACUCUUUGUCCACCUAACUGGGUCGUUUGGCCAAGACGCAUAAACACAAGCAUACACUAAUAUAUGUCAGAGGAUAAUGCUUUAACCUUAAGGGUGCGAGUACGAUUCACGGCGUGGCACCGGCCAUUGCAACUUCAACUAGAAAUUCUAGGUCGUUUGGUUCAACUAAUAAAUAUGCCAAAAUACGCACACACUCGGUGAG